UUUGCUGAUGAUUUAGAUGAAAUUGCUUAUAGCAUUUGGUUUAUUCCUAAUCGCUUAAUUUAUGUGGCUUUCUCAAUAUUUUUCCUGCUACGGUUUGAUUUCAAUUUUGGAGGACCCGGCACUACUUUACCGCUUUUAGCCAUCGUGGCCGGUUUAUUUGCUAUUCUUAUUAUCGUGGAGAUUUUACUUUUCAAAAAAGCCAGCAGCAAAUAA